UUCCCCACCCAUCCCGACUGGCCUGGGCAGCAAGCGGCGGUUGGAGAAAGCCCCGGAGGGCAGCGCGAGGGCUGAAGAGGGGAGGGGGCGGGGGCAAAAGGCGCCGAGCGGAGCGCGCGUGCGACGGCGUCCGCGAGCGGAGCCUGGAGUGACUGACCGACCGACCGACCGCCUGCCAGCCUGCCUUGUGGGGGGAGGGGUAGCCUGCGAACAGCAUGGCGGCUGGGCGCGAGCCGCCGCCGCCGCCGCCUCCUCGUCAUCAUCAUCUCCCUCGGUUCCCUGCCAGCCCCUUGGCCACCGCCGCUCGAGCGUCGAGGCCCACCGACCUUCUUCUCCCUCUGCCCCGCUGACUGACAGAAGAGGGAAAAGAAGAGAUACAGAGGGAAGGAAGGAAAGAAGCCUCGCCCUACCCGGCCCAUCUCGGCCAUGGAGCUCGCCAAGCCGGUUUUCCCCGCGCUGCCGCAGCCCAAAGAGGACUCCGAGGAUUGGACAUAUCCAAUGAGAAGAGAGAUGCAGGAAAUUUUACCUGGCUUAUUCUUAGGCCCAUACUCUUCAGCUAUGAAAAGCAAGCUACCUACGCUUCAGAAACAUGGCAUCACUCAUGUAAUAUGCAUAAGACAAAACAUUGAAGCGAACUUUAUUAAACCAAACUUCCAGCAGUUAUUUAGGUAUUUGGUCUUGGAUAUUGCUGAUAAUCCCAUUGAAAAUAUUAUAAGGUUUUUCCCAAUGGUAAGUGUCCAUCAUCAUGUGUUAAAUUAUUUCAUAAGAGUACAUUUUAGAACUGAAGGGGGUAAUGCUAAAGGAGUGAACAAAUAUCUAUGAUAGAAAUGAUUCAGGUAAAUAAACUUGUAUCUUUGAUUAGAGUUAUAAUGACUAACCAUAUUACAUGAAAAACUGUAAUGCAGUGAUAAGCAUGGUCUAUUAUGACUCAUAAAACAUUCUUUUCUUGGUAAACAUGAGCUUUAUUUUCCAUUCUGCAAUUUACAAUAUAGAGCAAAUGAAGUAAACGUUGCCUUCUCAAUAUCAUUCCUUCAUAUAGAACCUUUUCAUACCAAUAAACGAAACAUCAAAUACAGCUAUAUAUGGCUGUUUUAUCCAAAGGUAAAUGUUUUGUGGUUUCAAUUCUGUCCUUUUACAUUUUUGCUGGUUUAUUUUGUUGAAUAAGAAAAAGGAUUAAAGUAAAAUUAUUCGCACGUACAUUGUGAAAAUAUAGUGGAAUUUGAUUUUUUUCCAAUCACAUGCAACCUGUAAUUGAUAUCAUUCUCAGUGGUUAUUUUACUGUGAAGAAUAUGAUUUAGAAAUGUCCAGAUAUUGAGUUCCCUGAUAUAAUUGAUGCACUUAUUUUCAUAUUGGUUCUCCCUAGUAGAUGAUAUUGUUCUGGAGCAAGCAGAGCAGAUUUUUUAAAAUGGAGGCAAGGGAUUUUAAUAUGCAUUAAGCAUAUUAGAAAAUUAAUCCACCUAUUUUUCCCUUAAAUUCAUACCGAAAAUUGGUAGGGAGUCCUACCAAUGUUAUUGAGAAGUUUUCCUUUGAAUUUUGCUCCUGGCACGAUCCAGUAGAGCAGU